GUGUUCCCUAAUUUCUUUUACGCUCUUCACUCACUUUGUUCGCUUUUUCUUCAAACUACACUCCCAUUUUCGCGUUCUACUCCAUAGCUGUAAACAGAUCGAUUCAUCUUCAAAAGUCGAAAUGUCUGUGAGAGGUGCGUGGCAGCUGAAGAAGCUUGUAGUGAGUUACUGCAAUUGGGGUGGCAGUAGCAGAGGCAUCAGGGCAUUUAUGGAGUCUCAGCUGCCAGAUUUUAUAGAGAAGAAUCCUCAGCUUGAGGUGGUCACUGAGCUAAAUCGUGGUUAUCAUCCACUUUUGAAAGGAUUCUAUAAAAACAAAAAUGAGCGCGUUGUCUGUGUGAAGAAUAUGACUCCGGAGGAUGUACUCCAGUGUGCUACCAGGCUUCGAAACUCUCAAGGAAGGAAAGUUUUGAAGCUGAAGACGAGGCACGUGACUAAGCAUCCUAGUGUUCAAGGGACUUGGACAACAGACUUGAAGAUUACAAACUAAACAAGGGGGUUGCUUAUGGGAUUUGACUCCAUUUUCAGGACUUGGUGUGAGAAGUAGAUGUCUUCUAUUUUUAGCAUAUUAUCACAAGUUAUACAAUCAAAUCGAACCAGUGACAUGAUGAUUUUGUUCUCGAAUUCUUUGGGCAUCUGAGAUGAGUUCCUCGGGCGAAUAUUAUUCGCGUUGCUGGCUGGAAGAUUCUUGUGUUGAUUAGUUGAAAUCCACAUGAAUUCAAGCAGCAGUAAACAGAUUUGCUGCUAUGGAUAUUGAAUCCUCUAACCAGAAUGCAACUUUAGGGAACAUAUGCUAUGUUUUGAUCUUGUAGUUUUUGCCAAAUGGUUUGAUUUGAAUAAAUAUAUUGUUAUUAUUAUUUGAUGAA